GCAAGUAACAUUAACCCUAACAAUACAAAUAGACCAUGACUUUCUCUCUCAGAAGUUUCAAGCCGAUAGCCGCACCAGAACCAAUCGAAGCCAGAAGGAAAAACCUAAAUUCAUCAGAAUGGGUAAGGUUCAUGGAUCUUUGGCUCGUGCCGGAAAAGUGAGAGGGCAAACUCCUAAGGUUGCAAAGCAAGACAAGAAGAAGAAGCCACGCGGUCGUGCUCACAAGCGUAUGCAAUACAAUCGCCGAUUCGUCACCGCUGUUGUGGGAUUCGGAAAGAAGCGUGGACCUAACUCAUCAGAGAAGUGAGGAUGAUGCAUCAUAGUGGAAGGUUUUUUGAUUAGCUUGCAGAAUGUACUUUUUAUUUUUAUUGAAGACAGAGUUUUGAUUGAGGAACUAUUGAAUUUCUGACUGUUUAAAUGAAAGAGAUCUUUUUGUUCUAGUUGA